GGCGGAUGAAAUAAGGUUCUGUGUAGUGCGUUGUAUUUAUUCAGAUUUUGAAUAAUAUCUCGGUAAGGAAAUUAUCAGACGACACAUUUGAGGCACAUAUCUGUUUAACAUGGCGAAGACAAGGAAAAAGUCAGGUCCAGAGAAAACGGCCAAGAAAUCCAACAGCAGCAUGAACCCAGACCGUCCAAAACCAGCAGCGGGUUCAAACAUGAGAGACAAAGCAACAGUUAACAGACUUAAGAUGUACAAAUCAGGAGGAAAGGCUGUAAGGAACAAGAAAGGAAAAAUAGUGAAGCCUGCUCCCUUUCAAAGCUCUGUUGCUUCAGGAGAAGUGGCACGAGUGGCUCCAAACAGAAAAUGGUUUGGAAACACAAGGGUGAUAUCACAAAAUGCUUUGCAAUCAUUCCAAGAUGAAAUGGGAAAAGUUCUCAAUGAUCCGUACAAGGUUGUGAUGCAGCAAAGUAAACUGCCAUUGUCUUUGUUGAAUGACAAGGUACAGUCAGCCAGAGUACAUAUUCUGGACACAGAAAGUUUUGGAACGACCUUUGGACCCAAAGCACAACGCAAAAGACCAAACCUUAAGGCAGCUGAUAUGAAGGGUUUUAUGGAAGCUGCACAGGUGUCAUCAGAAAUGUAUGAUGAAGAGAAAGAUAUGAACCUUGUUAGGGAAGAUGAUGGGGAAAGAGAGGAAGCUAAAGAAUCACUGUUCACAAAAGGACAAUCAAAAAGAAUUUGGAAUGAGCUUUACAAGAGGCGAUGGUCAGCGCAUCAGUGUUGGUGGGCUCUUGAGUGGCUCAAAAGCCCGAUUCUUGAGUGGCAAUCUUUGUUGCAGCUGGAACAGAUUCGCCUCGGCCCUGGCCUUCAUCUCAGCCCUGUGAGCCCCGUCCUUCACACCCCGACGCCAGGCUUCCCGGUCUGUCGCAAGGAUCUCCCAGGUGUUGGGGAUGAUUUCAGUGAGUUGCAGGUCAUGCUUGCAAACGUCCUUGAAGCGAAGGAGUGGUCGGCCCGUGCGUCGGACGCCCUCUCGCAGUACCCCAUAAAGGAUUUGUCUUGGCAAGCGACCGGGGUCCAUACGGUGUACAUGGCCAAGCCACCGUCAUUGUUCCACACUCUUUUGUUGAGUUUGGCCAUUACUCCCGCUGCCUUGGCAAUCCUUGAGCUGAUCUCGACGUCUAGUGAUGCCUUGUUUGAUACUGUGGACCCUAGACAUGGCCGAGUCGUAAAUAGCAUCCCGGAGGUGACACCAUUUGGCAUCCGCGACAUCGGUUGUAGGCUGGUUGGCAAGUUUUUCCUGAAGGGUCUCGACGAAGCUCUGAGUCUUGGCUGGGUCGGCAGUAGCGCAGGUGUUGAUGCGGGGGCGACCCUUUGUCUUGGCGUGGUGGAUCUUACAAGGCUUCAGCCUGAUCUUGCUGCCAACAAGGGAGUGAUCUGUGUCACAGUCUGCGCUGUGAUAGCUUCGCGUGUGGAGGACGCUGCUGAGGUACUAGAUGCUCGUGAUCCCAUGGGAACACGUUCAUCUCAUAUUGAGUCCUUCAUGAAGAAAGAGAAACAGCAUAAACAUCUUAUUUUUGUUUUGAACAAGUGUGAUCUGGUGCCAACCUGGGUAACGCAAAGAUGGGUGACAGUCCUGUCUGCAGAUCAUCCUACUCUUGCCUUCCAUGCAAGUGUUACAAAUCCAUUUGGCAAAGGGGCUCUGAUCAACCUACUCAGACAGUUUGCAAAGCUUCACACUGACAAGAAGGAAAUAAGUGUUGGCGUUAUUGGUUACCCUAAUGUCGGGAAGAGUUCCAUCAUAAACACAUUGAGAGCCAAGAAAGUCUGUAACGUGGCACCAAUUGCUGGGGAAACCAAGUCAUUCAACUGGGAUAGCACAACUAUUAAGUUUGGGAUGCAUGGGCCAGUCUGA